AUGUCGACAGCAGAAACUAUUGCCAAAAAUGCUCAUAUAGCAUCAACAAUCUUAAAGACUUUGAGCGACUCCGAAAGAUCCCAAGCGUUGCAGGAAAUCCACGAUGGGUUGAAACUUCACAAACUGCAAAUCAUCGAAGCUAACCAAAAAGAUCUUACCAAUGCCAUAAAUAACAACCUCGACGGACCAUUAAUAAAGAGAUUAGACUUGUCUAAAGGUGACAAGUUCGACUCGAUGUUGGAUGGAAUUCUUGAAGUUAAAGAGCUCGAAGAUCCAAUCGGUAAGAUCACUUUGGCCAGAGAAUUGGAUACCAACUUGAACUUGUACAGAGUCACUUGUCCUGUAGGAGUGUUGCUCGUGAUCUUUGAAUCUAGACCAGAAGUCAUUGCCAAUAUCACCGCCUUGGCCAUCAAAUCAGGUAAUGCCGCCAUUUUGAAAGGUGGGAAAGAGUCACUAGAGACUUUCAAAGUCAUGGCACAAAUUGUCAAUGAGGUCAUUGCCUCCAAAACCAAGGUCCCAGAAAACUCUAUCCAGUUAAUCAGCACCAGAGAAGAAGUUGGGGCCUUAUUGGAUCAAGACAAGUUUAUUGAUUUGGUCAUCCCAAGAGGGUCAAACGCUUUGGUACGUAACAUCAAAUCUAACACCAAAAUCCCAGUGAUGGGUCACGCUGAUGGGUUAUGUGCUGCGUACAUUGAUGACGAAGCGGAUUUAAAGAUGGCUUGCAAGUUGGUUGUCGAUGCAAAGACUAAUUACUGUGCCGCUUGUAACGCCGUGGAAACCCUCCUUAUCAAUGAACACAUCGCAGUCACUGACAUCCAAACAAUUUUCCAAAGCUUGUUCGAUGCCGAAGUGACAUUACACAUCACCACCGAAUUGCUCGACCAACUUGAGCAAGAAUUCAUCGCCAAGAAUAAGAAAUUCAUCACCACCGCCACCGAAGAAGAUUUCCAUACCGAAUUCUUAUCUUUUGAUUUGGCUGUGAAAUCUGUGAAGGAUGUCGAAUCGGCCAUGUCGCAUAUCAACCUCCAUUCAUCAAAACAUACCGAUUUGAUCAUCACCGCAAACGAAACUAAGGCCAAUAAAUUCUUGAACGGGAUUGAUUCUGCCGGGGUCUACUGGAACUGUUCUACAAGAUUUGCCGAUGGUUUCAGAUACGGUUUUGGUACUGAAGUGGGGAUCAGUACCAAUAAGAUCCAUGCCAGAGGUCCAGUCGGGUUAGAAGGAUUGGUGUGUUAUCAAUAUCAAUUGAAGGGAACUGGCCAAAUCGUUGGCGAUUACGGUAAUGGCGGAAGAGCAUAUAUUCAUAAAGAUAUUGAUAUUAGAACUUUGAAUCAAUAA